AUGCUCGCAACCUCAAGGUCUCUUCGGAACGCCUACGCACCUAUCAACCGAGUCCCCAACGAGAUUCUUGUUCUCAUCUUCGAGAACAUCCCGGUUCCUAAAUUCUAUACCGAGUGGCUCGAUUCCCCAUCUGUCUCAACCAAGGACCUCAUCCCCAUCACCCACGUCUGCCGUCGUUGGCGAGAUGUCGCUCUAUCCGCGCACUUUCUAUGGUCCAGCAUCCAUGACAUGCCCGUGACGCAGAACGCGGACUUUCUCCGACGGUCUGGAGCGUCGCUGUUGAAUUGUCACAUG